GUGAAAGCAAUGAGAGAACGUAUUCUGUUUUCUGUUUACUUCUAUCUACCUUUUUUUAACCUCAGUAAAAUAAUAAGUGAUUAUGCGCAGUGUCUCGCAUUGCUGAAUUAUUAAACAAGAAUUAUUAAAUCAGUUAUAAAUUAUGAUAAAAAGUGUGUAAUCACAUAAAAAGAGAACAUAACCGUAAAAGUGCUAGUGUAUAACUAAAUAAUUAAAUAAUAUAAAUAACUAGAUAAUUAAAUAAUUUUUCGCAAAUUGUUAAAUUCAAUAUGGCGGACUAUGUUUCGAGUCAAGUUAAGUCUUUAAUAAAAUAUGAAUUAGAUAUUGAUGAAGAUCGGGAUAAUAAAACUCGGGAGCCAAUUGUAGUACAUAGUUGUAGUCAAGAGAGGGCGCCACCGGUAAAAGAUGCUUCUAAAAUUUCUGAUAGUAAAUUAAAUAAUUUUUCGUUGAAUCAAGAUAGAAUUAUAAAAAAUGAAGUUAUUGAAAUUGAUGAGCCUGUUGUAUAUAAAAAUAAAGAAGAUUUAGUGGAAACACCUAAAAAUAUCGUUUUAUCAGAAGCUAAUGAUGUUAGAUUAAACAUUUCAUCGGAAAAUAUUCCUUUGGAAGUUAAUAAUAGCAAAGAUCAGGUUCAAGGACAACAAAUACCUUUAAAAGCUGCGGAAAUAGCAAACCAAGUGAAAACUUCAGAAGAAUAUCAGGAGACUUGUCGAGUUUUGUGUAAAGAUCAACUUCAAACUUUGAAUAGUGCUAAUCGAUUGAGUGAUACUUCAAAGGGUCAGGUUAUAGUUUUAGAACCUCCAACAAAGCGACUGAAGACGGAACAGAAAUUCUACGGGGAGUUUGAAGCUGAGAAAACUAUUAACAAACUAAGUCCACCAAAUGAUGUUUCAUUGAAUUUUGAAGUUGCUGGCUCUGGAGAAAUUGAAGUUGAUACUAAACAAGUUUCAAAUGUUCAGAUUGUUGACAAUAGUAAAGACAAUAUUGGUGAGGUUCAACAAAAUACGGCUGUUAGUUUUGAUAAAAAAGUGUUUGCGUUGAAAAUUUUGAAAUUGGAUAAAAACACAAAAAUUCAGCCUGUUUAUAGUCACGGUAAAGAAGCAGAUGAAGAUUCUUGUGAGAUAGUAUACGAAAAAAAUAUUACUAAUAAACGGAAUCACAAUUAUUCUUCAUGUAAUGUACAACCGGUGAAAAAAGUGCUUUUAGUGCAGAUUGACCAGAAGACAGUCAGUGAAAUUUUAACUGGUUCAUCGUCCAGAGUUAAACUUCCGAUUGUAAAUCUACAAAAUAACCUAACUUUAGGUAAUAAUUGUAGUUCCGGAAGCAAAGCUCAUGAUAAUUGUGUGGUAGGAAGUGCUAGAAUGCCAAUGAACUUACCGACGCCUCAACCAGAUGUCUCAGCAACCACUCGAUCGAUGGAAGACCCUUCAACUGUCUGCGUUCCUGAGUGUGAGACCUUUCCUGCAGUAAAUGCUAUCGGCAAAAGCCAGUUCUUCUUCGUCGAUGUCGACGGUAGUUGAUUGAUUGCUAUUGAUUUAAGCCAAUAUUUGUGUAAAUUUGUUAUAUUUUCUUGUGAAUAAAUAAUAUUUAACGAA